AUGGGUCUUUAUAAUUUCUUCCGUGUGAUGAACAUCUUCUACGUCUACACAGAUUUGCAAGUGCUUACGGCAACAAUUUAUCUGACCGUCACAGACGUCACAGUUUUAGUAAAAAGUUGUGUGUUUAUUCGCAACGUGAAAACGCUUGAGCGAUUAAUAUUGACAUUAAAUUGCGACUUGUUUCGACCAAAAAAUCAGCAUCAAAUAGAGCUGGUUUAUAGUGGUUUGAAGGCCUGGACUGUUGCGUACAGGCUCUUUUGGACUCUUGUAUUUACUUGUUUGUUUAUGUGGACGGUUUCUCCUUUGACGGGUCCCAGUAGACAGUUGCCUGUACCAGCGUGGUACCCAUAUGAUACUAAAAUUUCACCAAACUACGAAAUCACUUACGUUUGUCAGGUUAUUAGUAUUUGGAUUUUGGCGACUGCUAAUAUGAACAUGGACUCGCUGAUUGCAGCUUUAAUGAUGUAUAUAGGAACACAGUGUGACAUUUUGUGUGACGAUUUAAAAUAUCUUCCCAAAUUGGUGACAAAACAAGGAGAAGAUGAGACUGAAUUUAACAAAAAAUUAGUAGACUGUGUGAUCCGUCACAGAACAAUUUUGAGUUUUGCGGAAGACAGCAAUAAAAGUUACAAUGCUAUAAUUUUGGCGCAAUUUUUUACAAGUUCCUUGGCUAUAGCGCUGAGUAUGUUUCAGCUAACUUUGGUUGAUCCGGUUAGCAUGGAAAGUCUGCCAUUGUUGAGUUACAUGUUUGGAAUGGCAUUACAGUUAUUCUUGUAUUGUUGGUUCGGAAAUGAAGUGGAGAUUAAGGUGAGAUAG